UUCUAUCCAAGAUCAGCUAGCCAACGAACCAAUUACGAGUUGGUAGAGAAGAUUCAAGGGUUCACCAUGUCCAAUUCUAUGCUCUUUCCCAAUAUUAUCAUCACAUUCCCCGAAGUAAACCUACGAAUACAUGAUUAG